AUGACGUCAUCUUGCAAUAAAACUUGCCACGCCGCUGAUUGGGGUUAUAACGAUCUGAUUUGCUUUGGAUCUUGUAAUUCAGUUUUGGUUUAUCAACCAGAGGGAGGAGAUAAUAAGCCAUGUGAAAUAUUAGAAUCUAUACCAGGUCAUACUGAUAGAGUUAAUUGUGUUCAGUGGAUUCAAAACUCCAGUCAUAAUAAUGAAAAUGAGAUCGUAUCAGGGUCUGUUGAUAAAACUGUCAGAGUUUGGUCGAAACAGAAUGGACAGUAUGUAGAGAAGGCCUGUUUAAAGGGGCAUACCCUCUCAGUAAAUGCUGUAUGUGGUCUACACAUUAACUCUAAUUCAAGUGCGGAAGUUACAUAUAUAGCUUCCUCUUCAACAGAUUCUACAGUCAAAAUUUGGCGGCAGCAGUGUUCUAAUGAAAAUGGUGAUUAUAAACAAGCUAUGAGUUUACUCUCGGCAUCAAUGGAUAAAACGAUGAUCCUAUGGCAGCCGGAGACAGAAUCUAAUGUUUGGGUAGAAAAGGUGAGAGUUGGAGAAGUUGGCGGUAACACGUUAGGUUUUUACGGCGGAAUGUUUUCACCUGACGGCCUGAAAAUCAUAGCUCAUGGCUAUCAAGGCGCUUUUCAUCAUUGGUCUUUAAAUCAGAUAACCAAUCAAUGGAAUCCGUCUGUCACUGGUGGCGGUCAUUUUGAGAGUGUUGAAGAUAUAGAUUGGGAUCGUAGUGAAGGAGAGUUUCUGUUGUCAACCAGUGCUGAUCAAACCACCAGACUACAUGCUCCUUGGGUCCAUAGCAACAGACCGGUAAAAUGGUAUGAAAUAGCGAGACCGCAAGUCCAUGGUUACGAUUUACAAUGUCUAACUAUGAUCACAAGAUAUAAGUUUGCUACUGGAGCAGAUGAAAAGGUGGCCAGAGAGAGUUCUAACCUAGCAGAGGGCGCUAGUGUACCAGCCCUAGGUUUAUCGAAUAAAGCCGUAUAUAACGAAGAAAAAGAAAAGAAAAAUAUCGUCGAUGAAAAAGUUAAAUGGGGCGAACAAUAUCCUGAAGUUUAUUUUCAUCCACAAACUUUAUCAGAGCCACCUAGUGAAGAGAAUUUAUUACAGAAUACACUAUGGCCGGAAUCUCAGAAACUCUACGGGCACGGUUACGAAAUAUUCUCAAUAGCUUGUGAUUAUCAUGGUCAAAUACUAGCUACAGCUUGUAAGGCGAGUAAAAGUGAAUAUGCUAAUAUAAUAUUAUGGGAUGUAGAAACGUGGAAACAGAUAGGAUCGUUAACAGGAUGUAGUUUAACGGUAACUAGGCUAGCUUUCUCUCAUAGCAACCAAUAUCUACUGGCAGUAUCACGAGAUAGAACCUGGUCUCUUUACUCAAAAUCUACAGGUGAUGGGAAGAGUGUUUACGAGAAUUGUAUAUCUGUUGAUAAAAAAACGACCAGUCACACGAGAAUUAUCUGGGAUUGUUGUUGGACUUGGGACGACCGAUAUUUCUUUACAGCGUCUCGAGAUAAAAAGGUCAUGGUAUGGAGUAUAAAAGAUCUAUUAAUUGGUUCUGUCAAACCUUGCAGCGUUCUGGAAUUACAGGAAUCUGUAACGGCAGUAGAUGUAGCACCACAAAAUUCUGUACAUGACAACAGCUAUCUAGUGAGUAUUGGUUUGGAUAGUGGUAAAAUAUUAUUAUAUAAAUAUACGCCUACAGACCAAACCUGGUACCUCUACACGACAUUACCUCAAAAAUAUUCUCAUCAUCUGACCAUCAAGAGGUUAAAGUUUCGACCGCGCCUGGGUGAGGCUGGAGAGAAAGAGACUAAUAAAACAAGACUACAGUUAGCGAGUUGUAGUCUUGAUCAUUCAGUCAGAAUAUACACCAUACAUUUAGAUAAAUUAUGAUGUUUGUGUAUAUUAUAUUCCUGAUAAAAAUAUAUUGUAAAU